AAGCCGAAGCAUCUAGUAUUAGGAACAAACAAAGAGAAACAGAGCAGCAGAAGCGCCGCUUAAGAGAAGAACCCACCACCCUCACUCGCUCCCUCUCCCCAACCCCCCUCCUCUCCGCUUCUUCUUGGUGGGAUGGAUCCGGCGGAUGUUGUUGUGACCGAAGGUAAAUAUGACGAUGAGCCGGCGGCGGCCGCGGAGGAAAAAACAGAUGGCGCGGCGAAGCAGACUGAGGAGCUGACAGUCGGAGAGGAGAAAACAGACGGUGCGGUGAAAGAGACCGAGCAGCAGACAGUCGAGCUCGUCGGGCCGGAAAAGGAGGAGGAGGAGGAGGAGGAGGAGGAGCAGACUGUCGUGGUAGAGAAGUUGGAGCCCGCCGCCGCCACCGCCGCCGCCGCCGUCGUGCCGCCUGCCGAUCAACCGCUUCCUGCGAGCCAGGAGGCUGUCGAAGCCGCCGAGGCCGCCGCCGAGGCCUCGGAGGCUUCGCUCGGCAUCGACGCGCUCGCGCAUGAAGCGCAGGUGAGAGCGGUUCGCGGGGGCGAGGAGGCGGCCCAAGUGAUUACGGAGGAAACAGGGGAGUCCGCCCAGGUCAACACUGUGGAGCUCGCAAGGCAUCGGGCGUCGUGGUGGAAUUGCUGUGGAUUGUUGGAUGCUAUCACAGGCUCCAAAGGCAGCACCAGUACAUGAUGAUACCUCUAGAAGAGCUUUUGAUGGAGGCUUCUGUUCCUAAAGAUUCAAGGAUUGGAAAUUUACUGAAGGAGCUUGGUGUGGUGAUCAUUUGGUUUGUAAAUGACUUUUUUUCCUUCUUUUUUUUUUUUUCUUUUAGGUUUGAUGCCUGAGAUGUGUUCUUAUUUGUUUCUUUUUAAUUGUUUCUCGUGUAUAAUAUUCCCCUGUUUUGUGUACAUCUGAAAACAUUAGUAGCUUGGUCUUAUUUGCAAGGUUUUGGCAUUUGCAGUUGCUUCAAAA